CCAAGAAAGAGUAUUAGACGCAAACGCCAACCCUUCCGCGCCAGGAAAUGGCUUUUCUAGCAAUCGAACACCAGCCAACAUUCCUCCGGCACUCCUCGCCGGCAGCUUGCGAAACAUGCGAGGAUCACCAAUACCCUUCUCUCCACGUUGGCGCCGACAUGGACACAUUGCAGAAUGUAAACCUUCACCGCCUACGCCGGCCUUCCAUCGACCAUCGCCGGCCAAGGGCUCACCAUUCCGGGAGAAUUUCGCGAAAUUCAACCAGUCCUCCUCGUCGGUGUAUUCUGUCCCCGGAGUGAGUCCUUUGACACCCAGCAAGAGCAAUCCCAGUCCAUUAUUACGGAACAGAAUUGCGGAAGAGAAUCGAUACCUGGCUGAGCCGAGUGUGCACUAUCCUUCCUGGAGCGAGAUCAGCGAGUUCAAUUUCGCAGAAAGACCUCAAACAGCGGGAAGUGCCCGGGACGAGGACGGUGGUGAUGGCUGGAGACCGGUCACGAGCAGGAGCUACGAGAUGGCAUUGUGACCUGUGAACUGAGGCGGAAUGGUCAGCUUUUUUGAUGCUUGACAGCGAAGCAUGGCACAACAGCACAGUUUUUUUUGUACAUACAUUUUUUUUGAGCGUGAAAGCAUAAGUGAUACCUGAGCGCUGAGUUCGAUGGAUAGGAUAGUCCUGCUGGACGGAGAUAAUCAUGAUCGUAAUGUCAAGAUAUCAUCAUAUC